UUCUUUCAUUCAGUUUAGUGUUAGCUUUGCUUCUGACAAGUUCUAUUUUAAAAGAGUGUGUUUAGUUGUUGUAAAUUUAAUAAAAUUUCUCCACCCCUCUCCUCUCGUUUCCAAAAUGACAAAAUUUGAGCUUUCUCAUCUACUUAACGAAGAACUUAUUAAACGUGCUCUCCUAAAUUAUCACAAUUCAAAUAAUUCGAGUGCUUUUAAAAUAAAAGCUUGUGAAUUUAAGCUUUCACCCGCCAAUGGAGAAAACUUUUGCAGCGAAAUUUAUCUAGUAAAGGUAAAAUAUGAAAUAAAUGUCAAUGUUGAGCAAAAAUCUUUGAUUGCAAAGAUUUUAAUACCGGAAAUAGCGGACUUGGGUUCAAAUGAAUUCCUAAUGCUUAACACCAUACUGCCAGGUAUGGAACAAUGUUUGACUGGAGCUGAAAAUGAUAACAAAUUACAUGCCAAAUGUUUGCUAAGUGAAAGUGAUAAGGCAGAAUUUUAUAUAUUGGAAAAUUUAAAUAGUUUGGGUUAUUAUUGUGCUGAUCGUUGUAAGGGUCUAGAUUAUGAACAUGCUGAAAUCGUAAUGAAAAAAAUAGCAAAAUUUCAUGCCGCUUCUAUGAUAUAUGCCAAGAAAUUUCCCGAUAUAGUACAAUCUCUUUUAAAUUCGGGUUUUGAAAAAGGUGCCUGUGAUGAAGUGUCUCAAGUUAUUACUUAUGGUGGUUUUGAAUAUGUUUCUGAUAUGAUUAAAAAUUGGCCUACUUAUGAAAAUUUAUCCCAAAAACUUCGUUCUGUUAUACCUAAAUAUAAUGGAUUGGCUUACGAGGUAGUAAAUUCUAAAAAUUCCAUAUUUAAUGUUAUUAAUCAUGGUGAUCUGUGGGUUAAUAAUUUUCUUUACAAAUAUUCCGAAGAUAAAGGAAGACCAACAGAUGUAUUAUUUAUCGACUUUCAGAAUUGUUUUUGGGGCAGUUGUGGUGUUGAUAUAAAUUGGUUUUUAAACUCUAGUCUGGAAUUGAAAGUUUUAAGUGAAAAACGUUUACAACUAAUAGAAUGCUAUUAUGAGGCUUUGACCGCGACUUUGAAAAAAGAAAAUUAUCCUCAGCUAGAGAUUCCUUCGAAAGAAGAUGUUCUUGUGGAGAUUAAACGUUGCGAGUUUAUUGGUUUUUAUAUAGCUUUAUGUGAAUUUCCAAUGUUUGCCUUAGAAAGAUGUAAGUCUCAAGGAUUUGAUAACAAUACAUUUACUCAACCAGAAAAAAUGAAUGAAAUUCGUAUUCUAAUGUAUGAUAAUCCACGUGUGAAAGAUACUUUGGCAUAUAGUUUAAAAUAUUUUGAUGAAAUAAAUUUGUUGUAAAUUUAAAUUGACAAUAGUGUUUACAUUAUAUACAUACUUUCCGUAUUAUAAAAUAAUUUAAAUAACUUUAUUAUCUGCUAUAUUAAAAGUGGAUCUUAUCAAAAGUGUUCUUUAAAAUUUGCUUAAUGUAAACAAUACAAUUUAUUUUUGUUUACAAACUUGCAAAUUGAUGCUACAGAGAUACGGACAUUAAAUUUAAAUGUAAUGUCAUUUAAAUUAAUGUAAAAUAUGUAAUAAAUUAAAAAAAAAAUGGUUGGACUGGAUAACUCUAAACACUGUAGUAUCUGAAACUGCAUUAUCAUGACAUAGACACAGUAAUAAAAUACAUUUAAUUGUUCUUGUGUUGAAAUUCAAUAGUCUUGAAAAUUCUUUAUUAAAAACCAAUUUAGAUUAAACUCAUAUUUUAUUAAACUUCAUUGUUAUAUAUAUCCUCUUAUAAAAAUAAAUCUCAAAAAAUCAUUUUAUUAUU